UGGUGUACAUUCGCUUUGUUCGUUUAUGAUUAUAGUUUUUCUCGACUUUUGCUUUUUCUCGAAUUUUGCUUUUCAUAAUGGACACCGAUGACGCUAUUUACUAUGACCUUGGCAAUCCUACCGGUACUGAUCGAAGCCCUAAUAUUGACCUCGGACUGAACACGGAACCCCCAAAUCCCACUGUGGAUGUAAUUCCAAUGGAAGGCACGUUCGUUGCGAUGGCAUUGAGAUGUGUAAAUUGUGGUGCGAACGUAAAUAAUAGAAGUCAUAGCCUUGAACUUGUCGAGGUUAUGUCCGUAAUACGACACUGGAUUGCACCCCAAGUUGUGAAUGAUAGCACUGUAGUAUGUCACUCUUGCUGGACCCUAGCUCUCAACCACCUACACCACUCCCCAACGUCUAAUGAACCUUCUACAAGUGGUGGACACAAUCGUCGUGUUUGUGUUAGCUGUGGAUGCUCUUUGCUAAGAAAAAGAUCUCACAGGCUACGUACUGACAUAGAACGUGAAGCACGCAUACAAAAUAUAAUAAUGGUCUUGCCUCGUCGACUGCACGGGUCAGAUGAAAUCUGCCACCCCUGCUGGCAGACCAGUGAUAGAUUGUCAACUCGUAAUCUUGAGCCACCUCGACAAGAAGCAUCAACUAUUAUUCUACCGAACAUAAAAAGAGUAGCAGAUACCCAAAAACAUUGUUUUUUCCAGAAUGUAACUCUGGAAAGAUUAAUAGUUCCUAAUUGGUUGAGAGUAAAGCUAUUUACAGAUUUUAAGUUCAAUGUUCCAGCGAAUUGUAGGAUUUGUAGUUACCAUUUACAAAAUGAUAAUUGGCAGCAAUUAGCUGAUAUACAACAACCAAUACAAAGUUUUACUGUUGAGCAAAUUGAAGAUUUUGCAUCGUUUAUAAAUGAAAGGGUCACUAUAGACUUUUCCGGGAUUGAAAAUAUGUCAGAUGAUUGUGUACAUUUUUGGAUUAACAAAAACUCAAUUUAG